CCAAACAAAAAAAUCAUGGCAGGUCCUUUCAUUUCUCCGCUUCCUGGCGAUCUGCUGACCGAAUAUAUGUUCGGGCGACGACGACAACGCCGAAAUCGCACGACAUUCACGCCGCAGCAACUACAAGAGCUCGAAACGCUCUUCCAAAAGACACAUUAUCCGGAUGUUUUUUUGCGGGAAGAGGCAGCGUUACGAAUUUCCUUGAGCGAGGCACGCGUGCAGGUGUGGUUUCAAAAUCGUCGUGCGAAAUGGCGGAAACAGGCAAGACUUCAACUGUUACAAGAUGCUUGGAGGAUGCGUUGUCUCGGGAUAAAUGGAGCGCCAGGAGCUCCUCAAUCUUCAUCAACUAAUCAGGAAAACCCAACAGUUAACAACACAAAUCCAAGUGAAAAGCCAUCAGACGCAUCUCCGGGCUUCACAUUAAUGCAUCCCGCAUUCCAAGCAAGCAAAGAUGCGAAAGACAGUUGUCGCGGAAGUUUAGACGGCAGCGAUUCUGAAGAUGAGGAAAUUGAUUUAACGACAAAUGGCUGCAUUGAUUACUCGAAUAAUAAUAAUAAGCAUUAGAAACGUAGGAUUUU